AUGGGAACCGGGCUCGGCGUCGUCGGUCUACAGUUUUCCGAACAGCUUUCUCUUGACAAUGUCCAACAAGCAGCGAAGGAGCUUGGGUCGAAAUUUCCUUUCCUGCUUGCCCGAGUUGUCGGCCAGGGUAAAACCGGCGGUCCGCUUGAACUACACUUGUGCCGUGAUCCGAAACCAAUCACUGUAGCUGCCCGAAGCAUUGAUGACGUGGCAGCUUGGGAGGCUGCUGCGCCAUUGGAUAACGACCCCAGCAGCCUCGAGAACGGGGAAGAGUCUGACGUGGCGAAGAAAGACCAAGGGAGUGACGUGUUCGGGGAUGCUUGUGGUGAGGGUGAGAAGUCUACAUCAGCAAUGGAAGCAGAAUUUAAGAAGUUAUCUGCAGCAGACGUGGCGGACCAGAGGGGAGUGGAGGAGGAGGAGGAAGAGGAGGAUGAGUUUGAGGAUGCAGAGGAUGGGGAUGGGGAUGGUGAUGAUGGCUUCCCUCCUCUGUAUGUGUUUCCCUUCUCUUCCCUCCCUUCUCCUUAUCCGUCUCGUCCACUGGACUCAAUGGUUGGAUACACGUGUACCAUCAUCUCCCCAAUCCCACAGAUCCACGUGUACCAUCUCCCACACGCCACCUGUCUGGCCCUGCGCUGCCAUCGAGCCGUGCUGGAUCGUCCAGCCGUGCGCCAGCUGGCAGUAGCCUUUGUCUCCGCCCUGCACCGCUCGCAACCUUCCGUCACCGCUGAACCCGCAAGGUACGUUGCACUCCCUUCCAUCCCCAUGGACCGCCCAGCCGUGCGCCAGCUGGCAUUAGCUUUUGUCUCCGCCCUGCACCGCUCGCUACCUGCCAAUAUGCUCCCAGCCGUUGCAACUUUUGAGUUGUUGCAAAACGAUUCAGAAGCGUCUCUCCCGCCUCCCCUCUCCUCGCUCAUCCCCAAGCCCGCUGAAACCCGCUCCUACCUCUCCAAGAGCCUCUCUCAGGCAUAUGACGCAGUAGGCUAUGUGCGCAAUGCCAUGGCGUCCUCACACGCGCCCUUCCAGCCUGGGCGUGCUGACUCCAGAACGAACCAGUUCCGCUCCUCCUUUGCCUGCCUGCGCUUCAGCAAGCAAGAGACUGAAAGCCUCCUCGCCCCCCUCGCCUCUCACUCCUGCUCGCUCUUCAGCCUCGAGUGUGCCGCGGCACUCAAAGCUGUGGCGGACGCCAAGCAGCUGGGCAGCCGCACAGAGACGUUCAACGUCACCAGCAUCAUGAACUGCAGGCCGCUACUGGACCCGCCUCUACCACCCGAUGCUAUGGGGGUGUUCACCUCGGGAUUGCCUCUCAAGCAGCCAGCCAAUCAGGACCUGCCGCUCUGGGACGUGGCUCGCACUGUAGAUGCUGACCUGGCAGCUGCCGUCGGGCAGAAGAAGCAAUUCGUUGACAUGCCCGUGCUGGAGCUGCUCUUUUCUACAGCCAUGAAAACCCCAACACUUUCCCCCGAGUGUUCCCAGCGCACCUCCUUCAUGUCCGCCAUCACCGAGUCGCCCUUCCCCAUGGACUGGCCGGCCAAUGAGGGGGAAGGACAUGUGGAUGGGGUUACUGGAGGAGGAGAUGAGGGUUUCAUGCCUCAGCUGGAGGGGUUUGUGGGGCCGAUAUUCGCAACGCAUGGUGUCGGCCCAAGCAUAUCCGUUGGGGAUGCUAUCUGUUCGGCAAGAAUAGAAUCCAUUUUUCUGUCCUUCACUUUCGUCGAGCUCUUUUUUCUCAGCACCUUGCUGCUCCCUUCCUUGCUGGUGCCGAAGAAGAGGACCUCUCGGACAAAGACCAAGGUCCGCCGGGCUGUGUGGAAGGCUCAGGCUCGGGACGAGGCUCUCAAGGCUCUGUCCCUUGCCAAGUCAGUGCUUACAGGCCGUUCUAAGAGCUUCAUCUAUGUGCAAAACGAGAAGAAGAAUGCUGCUGAGGAGGGCACUGAUGAGGCUGCCUCUGAGUAG